UCGAGCUCGAGCACAUGGUGGAAAGCGUGCCGGAGCUCGAACGACGAGGCCGACGAGGCAUACAGAGGCAUAUGUACAUCUUGUUUUAAUUUAGUGAUUUUACGAGAUGAGUAAAAGAAAACUUGACGACGAGACCGACGCCGCUCCGGCGGACACCGAGGUCAAGAGAGUUCUAUCUCGUUUCAAAUCUGACACUGGCCAAGUUCUACCUGGUGGCUUGUUGGACCUGCCGGUUGAUAUCACGGUGGAUAAACUGCAAGCAAUUUGCAAUGCUCUGCUGCAGCAAGAGGAGCCGUUGCCCCUAGCAUUUUACGUGAACAAUGUAGAAGUCACGGACGUAUUGGAGAAGUAUGUUGGCAAGGAUUUCAGCAUCAGCGAGGACGUUGUGGAGAUUGUAUAUCAGCCGCAAGCGGUAUUUAAAGUCAGAGCUGUCACGAGAUGCACCGGAUCCUUAGAAGGUCACAAGGAAGCCGUUAUAUCCGUUGCGUUUUCACCGGAUGGCAAGCAUCUAGCCAGCGGUUCCGGUGACACAACGGUCAGAUUGUGGGACAUCUACACGCAAACGCCGCAUUACACGUGUGAGGGGCACAGACACUGGGUCUUGUGUAUUUCCUGGUCACCCUGUGGCACUAAGCUGGCUUCUGCCUGUAAAAAUGGAUCGAUUUACUUAUGGGAUCCCAACACUGGCAAACAACGGGGAAAAGCCAUGGCAGGACACAAAAUGUGGGUGACGUCUCUGUGCUGGGAACCCUAUCAUAAGAAUCCAGAGUGCCUGUAUUUAGCGAGUUCGUCCAAGGACACCGACAUACGAAUUUGGGACACCAAGAGAGCACAAACCUGUCGAGUUUUGUCCGGUCACACAAAAAGUGUUACUUGUCUCAAGUGGGGUGGAAAUGGUCUUAUUUAUUCUGCCUCUCAAGACAGAACUAUUAAAGUGUGGAGAGCGGAAGACGGUGUAUUGUGUAGAACCUUGGAAGGCCACGCUCAUUGGGUCAACACUUUGGCCUUAAAUGUCGAUUACGUGCUCAGGACCGGUCCUUUCCACGUGGGAUCGCGUGCAAAUCAAACGGACAGUCCAUUGGAAUACGCAAGAAAGCAAUAUGACGCUGUAGGUGAAGAGAGACUUGUAUCUGGAUCUGAUGAUUUCACAUUAUUCCUGUGGAAGCCAGAAAGGGAGAAGAAACCUAUUGCAAGAAUGACUGGCCACCAGCAACUUAUCAACGAUGUUAAAUUCUCGCCGGAUGGUCGUAUGAUUGCGUCAGCAUCCUUCGACAAAUCCAUUAAAUUAUGGGAAUCUAAUACCGGCACGUAUAUCGCUUCGCUAAGAGGUCACGUUCAAGCGAUUUAUUCGAUAGCAUGGAGCGCUGACUCUCGUCUGCUGGUUAGCGGUAGCGCGGAUUCAACUUUAAAAGUUUGGAGCAUAAAAACUAAAAAAUUAAGCCAGGAUUUACCUGGUCACGCUGAUGAAGUUUAUGCGGUUGACUGGUCACCCGAUGGUCUACGAGUCGCUUCAGGUGGGAAAGAUAAAGUUUUGCGACUGUGGCAAAAUUGAAUAUACAUACAUAUUAUUCAAGUAAAUAACGUUGUAAGAAAGUUGUGUGUUUUUAUCUCACUUGUUUUUUAUACAAGUUAUUAUUAUUAUUAUUAUUACAUAUCAACUGAUAAUGUUAUUAAGCCUGGAUUAAAAACUUGAUAAUUUUUAUAAAGAUUAACAGCCUUAUAUAAAUAAAUACACGUGAAACAAUUGAUUUUUUUAUGAUUGAACUUCAAAUCCAAAUUUCUCUGUGCACUAUAUAUAAUAUUAUUAGUCGAUCGACCGUGCAUAA